UAAAACGAUUUCCAGAUUUCCUUCGUUUUCCAGAAAUCGUUUCUUCAAUCUGGCCGGGAAAAGUGAAGUUUGAGAUGAAGAAGCUCAAGGAACUGAAGCACUUCUUGGAACUAGAAGUGGACUCAGAUUGUAAGCAAUCAGAUGGAGAUUCCUCUUCAAGUGUGCAUUUCUUGUAUGUGUGGGAUUGGAUAUUCCUAAUCGAUCAAGCUCUUUUUCACUCUGGCCGCUAUAAAUAUAUCACAGUCUUCUCGCACCUCUAAGUGGGUGUGGGGUAACUAUGACAAGGUGAUUGUAUUGUGCUGGUUGUGGGGAUCCAAAUCAUCCUACAUUUGGAGAUUGUGCCGUAUCUUGGAGGGUCUUUCACUUGAUUAUGGCUAAGGUUAGCAGUGGUUAGGAUUCAGCGUGCUUAGUGCUGUACCUUCUUUCUGCUAGUUUAAUUUUUAGAUUCAACAACUUCAAAUAUGUAAUCUGAACUUCUGACCACAACUGGUCAGAAUAGUUUCUGGUCAAUAGCUUUUAGAUAUUGCUAGUACUCUCAGUGUGUGAAUGAAGCUUUGAGCCUGUGACACUUCUACAUUCCCAAGAUGGUUAGGUUUUCAUGCUUCCCUACCUACAUCCAUUACCACAAGUCAAAGAAAUUUGUUCCACAAUCUGCUGAAGCAAUGGAAAAGAAAAUCCAGGAUUCUCCAGAUCUAGCCCCAAAGAUUUCUGGUAGUUCUUCAAGUUCAAGCCCACUAAAGCUGAAGACAAAUGACAACAAUCCUUCCAACACCAGUGCGGAGCGAAUGACAAGUUGCUCUUCUUUCGAGUGGUGCCUUAAAUCAGAGGAACAGAACAGUAGUUCCCCUCCUGCGGACAAAGGAGAGGUUCUUCAGAAAAUCAGCUUUAAGAAAAGUCAGUCUCUUGGAAGUGGAUUAGAUAAGGAGGGGAGAGUUCCUUGUGGUGUUGACACAGAGGACGAGAUAGAUCACGGUCUCUCCUCUGAUGAUUCUCAUGAGAAGAGCUUUAACAGAAUGUUUGAUUCUUUUGAUCACAACCGAUUGGCAGAAUCAUUUGAUGGAAAGGAUCCAGGAACAGACUUGCUGAACCAGUCACAGCAAACUGUCAUGGUUGAAUCUUUUCAUAUAACUGAUGAUCUUGUGAUCAAGGAAUCCAUCUUCUCCAUUGGAGAGCCACAGCAAUUAGAAAGAGAGGUGCAAGAAGUUUUUGAUACACAUUUAUCUACCGAAAAUGUUGGUGAUUCUGGAAAUCGAACCCCCAGUAGGAUUGAAAGGAUUGUGAAAUCAUGCUCUUUACCUAACCUCAGAAUCUCCAGUGCUAGCCCACGAGAUGGUUUGCCGGCACAUGGAUUCAUGCAGUCAAGGUCUAGAUCUUUUGGUGACCUGCAUGCUCUUGAUGUCAGGAGAGAAAUUCCAAAUAACAAGGAUGAAGUACAUUGUGAUAACAUAUCGCAGACAUCUCAUUUACUUGGAAAAGGAUUGCUUUACCAUGAAGCUUCAGGUGAAGAUUGCGUUGUUUCUAACCCAAGUGGUGGAUCCUAUGAAGUGGCAGAUCAAGAAAGAGAUCAUAUCUUUGAGAGUGGAAAACAUAUAUAUGAGAAUCAUUUUAGUGAUGGAUAUGAUUCUUUUAACUUCCCUGGUUUGGCAAAAGACUGGAGAGUAUCCGAAAUAGAAGAGGUCGAUGAGGGAAACAACAACAUUCAACAAGAAUCAUCAGUUCAGAGGUGGGAUGAAUUGCCUUGCAAAGAUUUUAACAUCAAGCGAAUAGAGGAUUGGGUUAGCAGUAUUGAUCUUCAGACCAGCUACCCUUUGCAAGAACUUGGAGAAUGCUCUAAUUCUACUCCCAAAAUGAAAGAUUCUGUCACAAUAAGUGAUGCGACUGCAGCCAAGUUUGACCAUAGGAUUACACCUGGCAUGGAAGUGGCUAACAAUUACAUCUCUUCAUUGUCUGCUGCAUCUGCAUCAGCGCAGAUGGCAAAUAUUGGGUUGGUUGUGAUCCCAUUUCUUAGCGCUUUCAGCAGCCUACGGGUGCUAAAUUUAUCAGGCAAUAACAUAGUGCGAAUAACUGCAGGAGCUCUUCCAAGAGGUCUUCAUAUGUUAAAUCUGUCAAAAAACAACAUCUCAACCAUUGAAGGUCUUCGUGAGCUGACACGUCUUCGUGUGCUUGACCUAAGCUACAACCGGAUAUUCAGAAUUGGUCAUGGGUUGGCAUCUUGUUCCUCUCUGAAGGAGCUGUAUCUAGCUGGUAACAAAAUCAGUGAGGUGGAAGGGCUUCACCGUCUCCUCAAGCUGAACGUCCUAGACCUCCGCUUCAACAAGAUCUCAACUGCAAAAUGCCUAGGCCAACUCGCAGCUAAUUACAGCUCCUUACAAAGCAUCAACUUGGAAGGAAACCCAGCUCAGAGAAAUGUGGGAGAUGACCAGCUGAAAAAAUAUCUACUCAGCGUUCUUCCCCAUCUGGUUUACUUCAACAGGCAUACAAUCAAGAGCAGCGCUUCGAAAGAAGUCGCUGACCGGCCAGCUCGAUCCUCCACUGCUUAUCAGUUUGACCGUGGCCUGAGAUCAGAGCACAAGCUAUCCUGGAGAGGGAACCAUGGCUCAUCUGCUCAUAAGCCAGCAUCUUCAUCUAGCCAUGGGCGUUUGAGCCAAGCUGUUGCUGGCUUGCCAAAGCGGUCAAGGGGCCACCACGGGCGGCGACCCCCAACCGUAUCAAGAGGAACUCAACAUCAGCUGAAUAUUGGAAGCAAAUUAGUGAACUUUGCUUCAAGCCAUUCCAUGCGCCGUAGCCGAAGCGAGGGAACCCUGUGAGAUAUCCUGCUUCAGACAUUCUGGUGAUGAUAGGUGGACGUGGAUCUAGGAAUAAAAGAAAAUAUAUUUAUGCAAUGUAGGCUUUUAAAAUUUGGAUUUUUGUUUUUUAGUGUUUUUGUAGCAUGGGUUGUUAUCAUGCAGGUUGUGUUUAUCUAUUUCGAUACUUGGAACUUGUUUGCUUUGGGGAUUUUAUCGAAGUUUAUUUUUAUCUUAA